UUUAUACACACGAUGAUGAAUCGUCGUUCAUUGUGUUCUGAUCGGUAGUCGCACUCGUGCAUGUUUAUUUUACGAAUAAGGUAUCUAUAGUUGUGCAGUGUAAUAACGACAACGUGAAGAUGAUUUCCUUUUUUGAAUUCAUAAUUUUGUUUAACGUAUUUAUCGCUACGAUCUCGGCUUCAGAUGCAUAUAUUCCAGACGCGUCGUUAAGUGUGCCAAAAAUAAUUAAACGCCACGGUUAUCCAUCUGAAACUCAUAUAUUGGAUACAAAGGAUGGAUAUCUAUUGGAAGUUCAUAGGAUACCGCACGGAAAAAUUACUAAACAGUUCAGAAACUUCCCAGUGUUUUUACAACACGGAAUUGUUGCUAGUUCUGCCGACUGGAUAAUCAACGGGCCCGCGAAAGCAUUGGCUUAUCAACUAGCGGAUAAUGGUUUCGACGUGUGGUUAGGAAAUUCAAGAGGAAACACGUAUUCUCGUACUCACAAAAGUCUCAGUCCAGAUAAUGAAGAAUUUUGGAAUUUUAGUUUUCACGAAAUGGGUAUCUAUGAUUUGCCGGCUACCAUUGACUACAUCCUAGAACGCACGAACCGAAGUCAAUUAUACUACAUCGGUCAUUCAAUGGGAUCUUGUAUGUUUUUUGUUAUGUGCUCUGUGCGCCCUGAAUAUAAUUAUAAAAUACGAGCACAAAUAAGUUUAGCUCCUGUAGCUUACGUUCAUCACAUGACUUCUGUUUUAAAUAGUUUAGUUCCGUAUGCAAACCAAAUACAAAAAGCUUCAAAUUGGGUUUCAAAAGGUGCGUUUUUACCGCAAAAUGCUGCCAGUAAAUUAGUGAAUAAAUAUUUGUGUGGUGACGACGCUAUGAAUUCGGCGUUAUGUAAAAAGUAUAUCGUUUAUAAAAUGUUUGGGGAAGAUUCUGUUCAAUUUGAUAUGACCUUACUUCCCAUAAUAUUGGGUCACAAUCCAGCUGGAACAUCAGUGAAAACUUUACUUCAUUUUGCACAAGAAAUCACUACAAAAAACUUUCAACAAUUUGAUUUUGGAAUAGAAAAAAACUUUGAAGUUUAUAAUUGCUCACAUCCGCCAAAAUACAAUUUGAGUAAUGUAAUAGCUCCCAUAGCAUUUUAUUAUGCUAAAAAUGAUAUACUAGCAGAUCCUAUAGAUGUGGUGGAGUUGUAUUCUCGUUUACCAAAUAGAUUAGGGAUACACCUCAUAAAAUUUGAUCAAUUCAACCAUGUUGAUUUCCUGUACAGUAAAAAUGUUACUGAUAUGGUAUAUCAAAGUGUAAUGAAUACAAUAUUUAAAGCUGAAUUUCUUGAUUGGAUACCAGAGUUUGAUAAUACAACUGCAUUCAAUUCCUCAAGUGAUUAUAUUCAAUGUUAUGACGAAAGAAGUGCAAGGAAAACAAAGAAUGGUUUUUGGCAUAAAAUUACUUCAUUUAUAAAAAGGAAAGAACUACAUCCAAUCAAAAGUUCUAUCGCAGAAAAUUAUGAAGAAAAUGUUAGAUCUAGGCACACAAUUAAAUUGGCUUGGAACGAAACACACUAUGAAAAAUAAUCUUAAUAUUUAUAAACAAUUAACAUGUAAUUUUUUUUUAUUAUUGAAAAUUAAUUGUCUUUUUUUAAAUGAAUUAAAAAUACAGAAAUUGUGUAA